CCGCCGCCGUCGCCGCCGCCGCCGCCGCCGCCACUGCUGCUGCUGCAGCCGGAGCAUCCGGGAGCCGCCGCCGCCGCCGCUGCCACCGCUACCAAGCGCUGCUACUACCACUGCUGCCGCCUCUUCUAACAGGACUCUGACACCGGAGCGCGAGCGGCUGGUGCUGCCGGCUUGCUGCCCCUGUCCCCCACCCCACCCUCCCUCCCGUGACCUACCCACUCCUUGCAGCCCUCGCCUGCACCUUCCUCGACACCCAGGCGUCUCCGCAUCACCUGCUUGGGCAGCCUCCGGGCGGGCUCUGGGACUUGCCGCGAGCUCCGCGAGGAAGCAGGCAAGCUCCAAAGCCGGUGGCCGGCAGAUCGAGUGUCGGGGGCUGCACCACCAGCCGCAGAAAGAGAAGAAGAAACUACUUAGCCCACCGAACCCCUGUUCUGCGGGUGCUCUGCCACUGCCGCUUCUGCUGCCGGCAACCAGCUUCCGCGCGGGUUCGAACACCGCAGCUGCGGGAUCGUGGGUCCGGCGGGAGCCGGGAGGACGACCACAGCGGAGCCUUUGCACUGUGUGCUUCGCUCAAGCGGCAUCUCCUUGCCCCCUUCGAUCCUUCCCCAGACCCUUAGAGAAGGGACCAUGAUUUGGAAACGCAGCGCGGUUCUCCGCUUCUACAGUGUCUGCGGGCUCCUGUUACAAGCGGCUGCUUCAAAAAGUAAAGUCAAAGGCAGCCAAGGGCAGUUCCCACUAACGCAGAAUGUAACGGUUGUUGAAGGCGGAACUGCAAUUUUGACCUGCAGAGUUGAUCAAAAUGAUAACACCUCCCUCCAGUGGUCAAAUCCGGCUCAACAGACGCUGUACUUCGAUGACAAGAAAGCUUUAAGGGACAAUAGAAUCGAGCUGGUUCGCGCUUCCUGGCAUGAACUGAGCAUCAGUGUCAGUGAUGUGUCUCUGUCUGAUGAAGGACAGUACACCUGCUCCUUAUUUACAAUGCCUGUCAAAACUUCCAAGGCCUAUCUCACUGUUCUGGGAGUUCCGGAGAAGCCACAGAUUAGUGGAUUUUCAUCACCAGUCAUGGAGGGAGACCUGAUGCAGCUAACGUGUAAGACAUCUGGCAGUAAACCUGCAGCUGAUAUAAGAUGGUUCAAAAACGACAAAGAAAUUAAAGAUGUGAAGUACUUGAAAGAGGAGGACGCUAACCGAAAGACCUUCACCGUCAGCAGCACGCUGGAUUUCCGAGUGGACCGUAGUGAUGAUGGAGUGGCGGUCAUCUGCAGAGUAGACCAUGAGUCCCUCAAUGCCACCCCUCAGGUAGCCAUGCAGGUGCUAGAAAUACACUAUACACCAUCUGUUAAGAUUAUACCAUCCACUCCUUUUCCACAGGAAGGACAGGCAUUAACUUUGACUUGUGAAUCUAAAGGAAAACCACUGCCAGAGCCUGUUUUGUGGACAAAGGAUGGUGCAGAAUUACCAGAUCCUGAUCGAAUGGUCGUGAGUGGUAGGGAACUCAACAUUCUUUUCCUGAACAAAACAGACAAUGGCACGUAUCGAUGCGAAGCCACGAACACCAUCGGCCAAAGCAGCGCAGAAUAUGUCCUCAUUGUACAUGAUGUUCCCACCACUUUGCUUCCCACUACUAUCAUCCCCUCCCUUACCACUGCACCAGUAACAACCACUGUAGCCAUAACAACCAGCCCAAGCACAUCUGCAUCAAGCAGCAGCAGAAGAGAUCCCAAUUCUCUGGCUGGCCAGAAUGGCCCUGAUCAUGCUCUCAUAGGAGGAAUAGUGGCUGUAGUUGUGUUUGUCACACUGUGCUCCAUAUUUCUGCUUGGCCGAUAUCUGGCAAGACAUAAAGGAACAUAUCUAACAAAUGAAGCUAAAGGCGCGGAAGACGCACCAGAUGCCGACACCGCCAUUAUCAAUGCUGAAGGCAGCCAAGUCAACGCGGAAGAGAAAAAAGAGUAUUUCAUUUAAAAUUCGGGCCCCACGCUCUGAGUUUUACCUACCAGGCUGACUGCUGGAGAAAACUGGCAAUCAUCUUUCAGAAACCAUUCCAACCAUCCUCUACUACUUUUAUUAACACCCAUGCUGUACUGCUUUCAGUAGCCAGUGUGUACCAACAAUCAGCAGUUGAAAGCAUCAUCCUUUAAUUACUGUACCAUCCAUAAUGCAGGACAUUUCUUAUUGCCUAAAUUUUACACCAUUGCUCUUUUAACAUACAGUGCUUGAAUAUACAGCCUUAACAAUGUUAAUCAUCUCACUGGAUCAUGAUAUUGAGUUGUUUUUAUACAUUGAAGAAAUGUAUGCAGAGCUCCCAUCCCUAUAUUUGUUUUCCUUUAAGUCAUAGACUUUAUUGGUUUGCCAUUGGACAGUUUUCACAAGUCACAGGAUUAGGUAAUGGCCUAAUGUGCUUACGUUUAAUCAAAGAUUAGAGGUUUACAAACUAUGUUUUCUACUUGUCUAUCUUCAAAGAUAACAUGUUGUGGAAACAUAUGCCCUAGAAAACACAAACUGAAAACACUGUAGUGUAGUUUUGGGAAUGUUUGAGAUUAUACUGGUAAUACUGUAUCAAGUUGCUAUUUUAAAAUUUAGUGUUUGAUACAGGCACCAUGUGUAUGGAUUAUAAUCAUUACAUGACACCUAUAUUAUUAUAUAGAUCCUACCAUUAGGUUAUUGUAGUUUCAUUUACCAAUAAAUUAUUACAAACAUUUAACUGCUUUGGGAAUCAUAAAGAUUUCAUUCAUUUCUCUAUUUGAUUCUAUAAUUUAUUUGCUCCAUGAGGAUUCACCUGCCUAAACAAAACUGAAGUAGGGCACAAUUUUGAGACAUUUUAGUAUCUGUAUAUAGUGCAUAUAAUAAAUCCAAUUAAACAUUAUUUGAUACAUAUUUAACUUUUUUGGCUGUAGGUUAUUCAGUCAUAAGUACACAUUUUCUAAUGUCCAUUAUAUCCCUUUAGAUAUUACUUAAACUGAUAUUAUAAGUAGAUAACAUAUAUUAGUAUUUUUGUCUGUAUGUCCUAGCACUGUCAACAACAAAUUUUUCUAGUUCUUGUUAAUUUUUAUUUGUUAUACAAUGGAAGCACAAUGUUACAAGGAAAGGUAAUUUUAAGCUAACAACCAGUGCACAGCCUCAGGUUUUAAAUCACAACCACAGUUGAAUAAUAACCUAAAAAUAAACUCUUAGUUUGAUUUAAAAAAAAAAAACUUAUAUAUUUUAAUUUGGCAGUUUCAGGGCUGCUUAACUAUGUUGAUUUGCCAAAAAGGAAGUGUUUAGGAUAUGUUUUCUGUAUAAAUGAACUAAUUCUUUAUAUUAAAUUCCUGUCUAUGCAUUCUGUGAGGUACAAACUUAUGAAACAGUUGAGCGAUAGAAAACCCCUGCCAUGCUUUUAACUCCAAGGUGAAAGUCUCUUUCUCUGAACUAUUUGGAAAUUUUGGUGUAUUCAACUACUAUGAAAUUCUGUAACCUUAACUAUGACACAGAGUCGAUAUAAAGUCUUACUAUGUUGGGUGAAAUAUAAUAUUUCUAGAAUAGUUUUCAUUAAAUAUAUCAGCAGCUAAAGAGUAAAAUCCAGUUAGAUUAAAAAUUAUUUUCGCAUUUACAAGCACUGCACCUUUAAGAAGAAGACAAAUAUUACAAUAUGGUAGUCGUACUUGUGAUAUCUGAUAGCAUGAUGGCCUAGAGUUUUAACAAUACCUUGGAAUUUAUUUGGGGGGGGGAACAAGAAUGAAUACAACAUUCGGUGUUAGUAUCAAAUGGAGGACAAGGGUGCUGUAUAUUAGAUUAUUUAUCAGAAAAGUAUCGGACUUUUAAGGAAAAUGUUAGAAAUUUUAAGUUUUUUUUAAUUGUGUAGCAUUUAUCUUGUUGAUUUCUUACAAAAGAAAAAAGGACGAUGUCAGUCAAGCAGCACUUUUACAAAAUAUACAGAACAUAAAUAAUACGAUGUGGUUGAGUGUUAACAUAAUAAAUCAUAUACAGUAUGACAUUUUAAGGAAAUAAGUCUGCAUUGAUGUGAUUGCAUGCUUGUUUUUACAGUUCACUCCAUACCAUCUGUGGAAAAAUGCAAUAAUAUGUUAAUAUAGUAUGGUAGUUUGAGAGAAUCAGGUAGGUGCCUCUAGACACAUUGAAACUAGAAUAGGUCUAUAAACUGCUCAUAUCUUUCAAUGCAUAAUCUUUAGAAAGACUCCACACAGCAAAAUUCAUCCUGUUAGUACAAAAUGGAAAGGUUCUUAUUGCUAAGUAUGUUGUAUAACUGCAUCAUCAAUUACUAUUUAAAGCCUAAUUUCAGGAUACAUUUGCAAAAUUGCUACUCUUCAUCGAUGCUGUAUUUACAUCCUUCUUCAUCUAUAUUCUACUUGGCUCCAACUGCUAAAAUUGUUACCUAAAUAACACAAUCAUUAUUUAUAGCACUGUAAAAUUAGAAAUCCAAAAUUGUUUGCCUUUCAAGACAUUUGACUCUUUUAACCCUUCCAAGAAAUAAAUCCAUUAGAACUUGUAAAAAGAAAACCACUGGCAGAUAAAAAUUGAUGGGCUCUAAUCAAAUGGUUUUCCACUAAACAUAGCUAGGUUUGAUUGAAUAUCAUUUCCUAUUAUGGGAAAAAGUGAUGAAGUUACACUUUUCUGUAUUGAAAGGUCAUUUGGUUUUUCACUAAAGGAAAUAAGUUACAAGAAUUCUGGGCAUUCCCCCA